GGUCAAUUAUGCACGCACAGCCCCAUCUGACUAAUCCGCAUAACUAUCGUUCAAUCCCGCGAUAAGGAAAGACUAUCAAUCUCAAACACCAACACCUUUCACUUUGUUCACAAACUGGUCUCCAUCUGGAGCUCCAGCAAGCACAACUCCAACCUACGCCAAUCCAAUCUACAAUCCCAAGCUUCACAAGCUCUAAACUAGCCCCAACCCUCCAAAAUGCAGGGCUUCAGUAAGAACCCCCACCCCCCCUUCCACAACCUAACCAUACCCACACCCACCACCCAAACUAACCCACCCCCUCACCAGAUAUGGGACGCUACGUCCCCCCAGACCAAGAAGGUCUAAUGAGCGGUAACCAACUCGCAAAGAAACACCCCCUCGGUGCCCGCGCCCGCCACCUCCACACAACCGGUGCCCUAACCGUUCGCUUCGAAAUGCCCUUUGCGGUCUGGUGCACGACCUGCAAACCCCACGAGACGAUCAUCGGCCAAGGCGUGCGCUUCAAUGCCGAGAAGAAGAAGAUCGGAAACUAUCACUCGACGCCGAUAUAUAGUUUCCGUAUGAGGCAUCCGGCGUGUGGGGGGUGGAUUGAGAUUCGGACGGAUCCGAAGAAUACUGCGUAUGUGGUUGCGGAGGGGGGCCGGAAGAGGGAUACUGGGGAGGAGAGGAGGGGGGAUGGGGAGAUUGUGAUCAAGUUGCCUGGGGAGAGGAGGGAGGAGGUUUCGGAUCCGUUUGCGAGGUUGGAGGGGAAGGUCGAGGAUAAGAAGGUGGUUGAUGAGGGACGGACGCGGAUCUUGGAGUUGCAGGAGCGUCAGUCGAGGGAUUGGGAUGAUCCGUAUGAGAUGUCGAGACGGUUGCGGAGGACGUUUCGCGCGGAGCGGAAGACUCGGGAAGGUAUCGAGGCGAAGAGGGAGGCGUUGAAGGAUAAGAUGAGUCUGGGGAUUGAUAUUGUGGAUGAAACGGAGGAGGAUCGGUUGCGGGCUGGUUUGGUGGACUUUAGCACGGGUAAUGAGGCUACUGCAGCGCGCACGCGGCCGAUGUUUGAGACUAAGGGUGUUUCAACUGAGAAGAGCAAGCCCGGGAAACGGAAGAAGACGGCGGAUCUUGUCGCGGAGCGCAAAGCGAUGUUUCGCAAUGAGUUAACUGGGAAUACUCGCGCCGUGAUAGACCCUUUCCUAAACCAUGAUGGGAGCACCUGGCAGCCGGAGGUUAAACGACGCAAAGCUGCAUCGAACAAAGCGGACAUGAAUAAACCAGACAACCAAAACCAAGACAACGCAGAUAGUGAGGGUGGAGUGUCCUCUGCACCGCAAGAGCAUUCCACUGAAGUGAUCAAAUCCGCCAGCAAGACGCCGGAACCGUCCAUUGCCUUGGUGGCUUAUGCUUCGGAUUCAGAAUGAUUGUAUUAUUACUGGAGUUUUGCAUCUACUCGGCGUUUGAUACAAAUGAUACCCCAUCGGCUUGGUGUUCUCUUAUUUACAUUGUGAUGGAAGAGCAAACCCGAGCAUCAUGUACACUAUAUCGGAUUCAUUGAUG